AUGUCUCCCUCAGCGGCCGAUGCAGGCCCAGCCACCACGACCUCGAGCACCGUCAACGUCCAGCCUCUCCUGACGCUGUCGGGGAAAAUCAUUGCAGUCACCGGUGGGAAUCGCGGCAUCGGCCUGGGCGUCGCCGAAUGCUGUCUCCUCAACGACGCGGCCAAGGUGUACUCGAUCGACUUGGCGGAACCUGGUGAAGAGUUCGCCACGGCGUCGAAACAGUUCCCCGGCCGGCUGUUCGCCGUCACCGCAGACGUCACGGACGAGGCGAGCAUAACGGCCGCCAUCGACAGGAUCGUCGAGGAGUCCGGGGCGAUCCACGGCGUGGUUUGCAACGCUGGCCGGACGAACCACAAGGCCGCUCUCGAUUUCUCAAAAGAGGAGAUCGAGACGCUGUUCGGUGUCAACCUUUUCGGCGCAUUUUACACAGCCAGAGCUGCCGCGAGGGCUUUCAUCAAGUUGAACGUCAAGGGAUCCGUCGUCUUCACAGCCUCCAUGGCGUCUUACCGGCCAAACAAGCGCGUGCCAUCAGCACCCUACGGGGCAUCCAAAGCGGGCGUCCGCAACAUGGCGCACACGCUCGCCAUGGAAUGGGCCAAGUACGGCAUCCGGGUCAACAGCGUGUCGCCCGGCCUCGUGCGCACGGCCAUGACAUACUGGGUGCCGCAGCAGCCGGACUGGGAACAGCAGCUCAAGUACUACGGCGGCAUGCCGCGGCUGGCGGAGGUGCAGGAGCUCGGGGGCGCCUACGUCUACCUCUUGAGCGAUGCGGCGAGCUACACUACGUCGAUUGAUAUCCCCGUCAACGGUGUCAUUGGAAAGGAGUUGGAGAAAAAUGCCCAUGCCCAAGAGCAGUGA